AUGACGCUGGACCACGACCAACCAGCAUCCUCCGAAAGCCGCGAUCAUGAGGCGGACGGCAGUCAGGAUGUAAACGCCGUGCCCGACGGCCAGACAGCUUGGGCACAAGCGAAAGCCACUGAAGAGCCCGCCUCCGACAAUGCAGGCCAUACACUGAUAGAAUCUCAUACAUCACAUCCAAUUGUAUCCCAACGAGAAGACGGCGCGUCGCUGUCAGAUACCGUGUUGCGGGUGUCAACCGACCCUGACGGGAACACUUACCCCGAAGGCGGCCUGCAGGCAUGGCUGGUUGUUGUAGGAAGCUGGAUGGCUUUAUUCGGGUCUCUGGGGCUGCUGAACAGCAUUGGCACAUUCCAGGCAUACAUUUCGAAGCACCAGUUGUCUGAUUACAGUGACGGCACUGUUGGCUGGAUCUUUGGCGUGUUUGCCUGUCUUACCUUCUUUUGCGGCGCGCAGAUUGGACCCAUUUUUGAUGCAAAGGGCCCCCGGUUUCUGGUUCUGGGCGGCUCGAUUCUCAUUAUUGCGUCUUUGGUUGCCUUAGCUUUCUGCACGCAAUACUGGCAUUUCAUGGUGACAAUUGGAAUUUUUGUCGGUAUAGGAACGUCUAUGGUCUUCAAUCCGGCGAUUGCGGCUAUCGGUCACUAUUUUUACCGGCGACGAGGCGAGGCGACGGGUAUUGCAACGACUGGUGGCUCGUUUGGAGGCAUUGCUUUCCCUCUGAUUCUUGAGGCUCUAUUUCCUAGGAUUGGCUUUGCAUGGGCAACACGGGUCGUGGUGCUGCUGUGUCUGUUGACCCUGGGCGCCGGUUGCAUCCUCAUCCGCUCUCGGCUUCCAUCCAAGCCGGCUUCAAAGGAGAAUAUCAUGCCAGAUGUCCGGAUCUUUAGGGAUCCGAUUUUCCUGCUGACCACUGCCGGCGUCUUUCUCAUCGAAUGGGGGCUCUUUGUGCCGAUUACGUAUAUCUCCUCCUAUUCACUAGCUCAGGGCUACUCAACAUCAUUUUCCUACCAAAUCCUUGCCAUACUCAACGCUGGCUCCAUCUUAGGCCGAUGGCUGCCCGGAUAUAUUGCCGACUUCAUUGGUCGGUUCAACACCAUGAUAUUAGCCAUUCUGGGCUGCCUUGUGAGCUGUGCUUGCUUCUGGCUGCCUGCUGGAGACCGCAAGGCCUUGCUGAUAGUAUAUGCUCUGGCUUUUGGCUUCUUCAGUGGCAGCAAUAUCAGUCUAACUCCAGUGUGCGUGGGUCAACUCUGUAAGACGGAAAACUACGGCCGAUACUAUGCCACGAUGUACACAAUUGUUAGUUUUGGAACUUUAACUGGGAUUCCAAUUGCCGGAGAAAUUUUAUCGAGAUCUAAUGGCGAGUAUUGGGCGUUGAUUACUUGGGUGGUGGCCUGUUACUUUGCCGGUCUCGUGGCGUUUAUUGCCGCCAAACUCGCCAAAGUUGGCUGGAAGAGUUUGUGGGUUGUUUUCUGA